AGGCAAGUCCCAAGAACAAACGAUACCAUCAUGUUUGCUGCUAGACUGUGUACCCGUGUGUCUGUUGCUCGCCCUCUCAUCCAGCCUCUAGCUUCUGUCCAACCGGUCUUUGCCGUCAGGACUUUCCAGACUACUCCCAAAGUUCUGGAUGAGAGCUUUGAACAGGCUGCCAAAUUCAUCGGUGCAGGUUGUGCCACCGUCGGAGUAGCUGGAUCUGGAGCUGGUAUUGGAACAGUCUUUGGUUCUCUUGUUGAGGGAUAUGCUAGGAACCCCUCUCUCAAGACACAGCUCUUCUCCUACUGUGUUCUUGGGUUCGCUCUUUCUGAAGCCAUGGGGCUCUUCUGUCUCAUGAUUGCUUUCAUGAUCCUUUUUGCUCUAUAAACAGUCGUGAACAUAAUUUAUUAACGGGUUUAAUAACCUAUUUUGUAACUGCAAUCAUAGGAAUGAUGAUCGAAUAUUAGCUAAUAUUAUAUGUGUAUAAUUUAUGAUAGAGUAAUCUUGCUUCAUGCAAAGCCUAGCAUUUUGAAUUUGAGUUA